AUGACCAAGGAACAAGAUUCCAAUGGCUACUUCUACGGACGGACGUUGGCGCCGAGAGGACAAACCUCCACGAAAAGACAUGUCACGGUGUUCCGCUUCAUGAUCAAAUAUGUCACCAAGGUCUUUCCUAAAGAGUUCCGACCGAUCCCAGACAUAUCCUACGACUGGCACAUUCUGACAUUCGUCACGUACUGGGAAGAAGGCGAAGUCGCUCGGCUGCUCUGCUUCAACAGCCCGCUUCAACUGAAGCAGAUGAUCGAGCACUCGCUGCGCGAGGCAAUCAUUGACGAUCUACUAGCCCACCCCUUCGCUUUCCAUGCCAUUGUGAUGGAGCACGUUGCGGAACUGUACGAUCAAGCCAUUUGGCAAUUUCGCGACUUCGUACGCGACACAGAGAAACAGCGCAUGCUCAUCGAGGACCCUCAGCCGGACUACGCAGCCAUGCACGAGCUGUCAAGGCAUGUAAUGCACUGCAGUGAAGUUCUCUCCACGGCACUCAACGUCACGGAUCACAUUCUGGGGGAGCUUGCCAGAUGGCAACAUGCGAACGUCCUGCAACCCGCCCAAGACGAUCCAGCGCCCGCUAUUCGACAUCAGAAGUCCAUGCUGCAGUUCAUGCACAACAGAUCAAUCGCAGUGGAGGACAGACUGAAGAAUGAGAUCAAUCUCGCCUUCCACAUCACCUCGCAACACUCCAACCUCAUAUCCGCGAAGAUCGCCCACGCCGCGCAGGUCGACAGCAGGGCCAUGAGAACCAUCAGCAUCCUCGGGCUUGUCUUCUUACCCGGCACCUUCAUCAGUGCCAUCUUCAGCAUGUCCUUCUUCAAUUUCACGCCCGGGAACCAGGAGCAAGCUGCAAGGUGGACAGUCUCCGAGAGGUUCUGGUUAUAUUGGGUCGUUGCGAUCCCCGUCACGGCGUUGACGGUUCUCGUUUGGUGGACUUGGCAGAAAUGGGGAGUGCCGCCGACGCCAGAGGUGAAGUUUGUUCAGAAGGAGAAGAAAGAGAACUGUUAG